AUGGCUUCGUCAUUACCCUCCGAGGAGGACGUCUGCUUCGAGAACACUGUCCACGCCAACACCAGCACCGGCUCGACGGCGACGGCAAGCCACGAUGACGUGCAAAACCCCGACAAGGAGCGCCGCCGCGACCCGGCCCUCGACAUCACGCUGCCGUACCGCACCCUGAGCGCCGGCGCCAACUUUGCCGAGUACCAGACCGAAGUGCCCGGCGGCGAGAUCCCCGGUCCCGUUGAGCCGCCCGCGAUCGCCCGCGUGGCCACCAUCGCCAGCCGCCGGCGCACCAGCCAGCCGCAGCCGCCCGAGCACGAGCGCCGCUACCGCCUGGUGACGUUCGAGCCCAACGAUCCGGGCAACCCCAAGAACUGGUCCAAGGCGAUGAAGUGGUACUGCACCAUGGUCGUGGCGUUUACCUGCUUCGUGGUGGCCUUUGCGUCCAGCGUCAUCACGGCGGACAUUGCCGGCGUCCAGGCGUCGUUUGGCGCCAGCGAGGAGGUCGUGCUGCUGUCCAUCUCGCUGUUUGUCGUCGGCUUCGGCGUCGGCCCGCUCGUGUUCGCGCCGCUGUCCGAGGUCUACGGCCGCCGCAUCGUCUACGCGACGACGCUGCUGGUGGCCGUCGUGUUCAUCGUCCCCUGCGCGGUCGCGACGAACAUGGGCACCCUGCUGGCGUGCCGCCUGAUUGACGGCAUUGCCUUCUCGGCGCCCAUGACGCUCGUGGGCGGCACGCUGGCGGACCUGUGGCGCAACGAGGAGCGCGGCGUGCCCAUGGCCGCCUUCUCGGCCGCGCCCUUUAUCGGCCCGGCCAUCGGCCCCCUGGUCGGCGGCUAUCUGUCGGACGCCAAGGGCUGGCGCUGGCUGUACUGGAUCCAGCUGAUCCUCGCGGGCUUCGUGUGGCUCCUCAUCACCUUCACCGUCCCGGAGACCUACGCGCCGGCCAUCCUCCGGGCGCGCGCCCGGACGCGGCGCGCGGCCACGGGCGAGCCCGACCACGUCACGGAGCAGGAGCUCGACACGCGGCCCCUGUCGGCGCGGCUGCGCAUCUUCUUGGUCCGCCCGCUGCAGCUGCUGUUCGGCGAGCUCAUUGUCUUUCUCAUCUCGCUCUACAUGUCGGUCCUGUACGGCCUGCUCUACAUGUUCUUCGUCGCCUUCCCCAUCGUCUACCAAAAGGGCAAAGGCUACAGCGCCGGCACGACCGGCCUCAUGUUCAUCCCCGUCGCCGUCGGCGUCCUCCUCAGCGCCGCCUGCGCGCCGCUCGUCAACAGGCACUACCUGACGCUCGCCCGCCGGCACAACGGCCGCCCGCCCGCCGAGGCCCGCCUGGUCCCCAUGAUGCUGAGCUGCUGGUGCAUCCCCGCCGGCCUCUUCGUCUUCGCCUGGACGUCCUACGCGGACCUGUCCUGGGCCGGCCCCGCCCUGGGCGGCUUCCCCGUCGGCUUUGGCUUUAUUUUUCUCUACAACGCCGCCAACAACUACCUCGUCGACUCGUACCAGCACCAGGCCGCCUCGGCCUUGGCGGCCAAGACGUGCAUCCGCUCCUUCUGGGGCGCCGGCGUCGUCCUCUUCACCAGCCAAAUGUACGACCGCCUCGGCGACCAGUGGGCCUCGUCGCUCCUGGCCUUUCUCAGCCUGGCCUGCUGCGCCAUUCCCUUUUUGUUCUGGACCUACGGCGCGCGCAUCCGCAAGCGCUCCAAGUACGCCUACGGCGGUGACGACGACGGCGACGAGGCCGAGGUCGACAACGGCAGCGGCAGCGGCAGCGACAGCGAGACGGACCCGGAAAAGGGCCGCACGCCCGCUGCCAAUGGUCCUGCCCCGACGCUGCAGCAGCCCGUGGCAAAUUGA